UCUCCAUGGAAACGAGUUUCUGCUGCUGUUGCUAACGUUGUACCAAAUGGGGGUUGUUAUGCCUUCUGACUGUUUUUAAUAACAGUUUAAUGCGUUUGUCAGUGACGUCUGCGUUUGAGACAUGCGAUGCACCGAGUGAUUCAUAUAUUUGUAAUAUGCAUUGUAUCGUUUUAUAUAGAUUUCAGUGGGUCGCUGGCUACGUUAAUCCGUUGACUUAAUCCACUCAUUUGGUUCAACAAACGUGAUGGUGCGCCCUUGUGCAAAAUCCAUAUGAAAUAGGUCUUAAUCAUUUAACUAACCAGAUCAACCCCUUAGUUAUAGACAUUUUCAGCGAAGCGUCGGUUUUUCCCAAAGAAAAUGGAGCUGAAUCUGAACCGCGUUGACUAUCUGCAGGUUGGAGUCACCUCCCAGAAAACAAUGAAACUCCUUCCUACAGCGGGACGAAAGGCGACUCAGAAGGUGGCUGUUGCGGAUCACGAUGGCGUCAUAACUUGUUUUGGCAUGAAGAAGGGAGAAGCUAUUCCAGUUUUCAAGACCCUCCCGGGACAGAGGGUCUCACGACUGGAGCUUGGGGGGGCACUUGGGACUGCCCAGGAGAAGAUUUUUGUUGCAGCUGGUUCCGAGGUCAGAGGUUACACCAAAAAAGGCAAACAGUUCCUCUCCUUCGAGGCCAACCUUGCCGAGAGCAUCAAUGCCAUGCAUGUUGCUGGGGCAGACCUAUUCGUCUGUGCAAGUUAUAUCUAUAACCAUUACUGUGACUGCAAGGACCAGGAUUACUACCUUUCCGGGGACAAAAUCAAUGACAUCGUGUGUCUGCCAGCUGAGAACCUGGGCCGCAUCGUUCCUGUUCUUGCCUGCCAGGACCGGGUCCUCAGGAUUCUGCAGGGAUCUGAACUUUGUUAUGAAAUUAAAGUACCUGGACCACCUUCUGUUUUGGAAUUAAAAGACAGAGAUGGAGGAACUGAAGGGGAAAUUCUCUAUGGGACGACAGAUGGAAAACUGGGGCUCGUUAAAAUUAUGGCAUCCUCCCCCGUUCACAGAUGGGAAGUACCUAAUGACAAGAAGAAAGGAGGCAUUCUUUGCCUUGAUUCGUUCGACAUUCUGGGUGACGGCGUGAGAGAGAUCCUCGUCGGCAGGGAUGAUGGGACAGUGGAGGUGUAUGGGCUGGACACCUCUGGGGAACCAACACUGCGUUUUGAGCAUGUGCUAUCAGAGAGUGUCACGUCCAUCCAGGGGGGUUCUGUGGGGAAAGAAUCGUUUGACGAGGUUAUAACAUCCACAUACACAGGCUGGGUGACGGGGCUGACCUCCGAACCCCAGCGGGAUGAGGCUGGUCCAGGGGAGGAGAUAAGGAUGAGUCAGGAAACGCAGGGCAAGAUUGCAGCGCUCAGGGCAGAGCUGGAGCAGCUACAGCUGAAGGUACUCCAGGAGAGAGAGAAGUACCAGCAGAGCUCACAGUGCAGCACGGCCGUGUCUGCCGUACCCGUCUUCAGCAUCAAUGACAAAUUCGCGCUGUGCCAGGAGGAUGCCAGUUACAGCCUCACCCUAGAGGUGCAGACAGCCAUCGACAACCUGCUGCUGCAGAGUGACGUCCCGAUAGAUUUAUUGGAUGUAGACAAAAAUUCAGCUGUUGUGAGUUUCAGCGAAUGCGAUUCAGAGCAACCAAACGGCAAUUUUCUUCUUGCUACCUACAGAUGCCAAGCAAACACCACUAGGCUUCAGCUUAAGGUUCGUUCCAUCGAAGGUCAGUAUGGGACUCUGCAAGCCUAUGUCACUCCCCGCCUACAGCCCAAGACCUGUCAAGUACGCCAGUACCAGAUUAAACCUCUGUCCCUCCACCAGAGAACGCACUCCAUAGACCAGACCAGGCCGAUGAAUACCUUGAGCCUGAUUGGCCAGUUCAGCUUCGCAGAGAUUCAUUCGUGGGUUGUUUUCUGCCUGCCGGAGGUGCCUGAGAAGACCCCGGCUGGGGAAAGCACGACCUUCUACUUUCAGAACACUUUCCUUGGCACGCAGCUUGAAACCACAUACAGCAAAGGUGAAGGUCACUUUAAAUCCGACAACAUUUCUACAAUUUCAAUCCUGAAGGAUGUUCUAACCAAGGAGGCAACCAAAAGGAAAAUAAACCUCGGCAUCUCCUACAAUAUCAAUGAAGAUUCUGUGAAUCACACACUCAAGAUGAUUCAUCCCAAGCUUGAAUACCAGCUACUUUUGGCCAAAAAGGUUCAGCUUAUUGAUGCAUUAAAAGAACUGCAAGUUCAUGAAGGGAAUGCAGAAUUCUUAAUUCCCGAAUAUCGAAACAUUCUAGAAGAAUCAGCUCAACUCCUGGGGGAGUACCAGAGACAGCCAGCCCAUCUGGAAAGGCUGUAUGGUAUGAUAACAGAUCUCUUCAUUGACAAAUUCAAAUUCAAGGGACAGAAUGUGAAGACCAAAGUUUCACAGCUGCUUGAAAUUCUGGAUAAUUAUGAUCUGAAUUCUUUAAUGGAUUUUUUUAAUGAAGUUUAAGUUCCCCUUUAAAGCAAUGCAAACAGCUGUGAACAUGCCUAUGCUCUGUGUGGCCAGGGGCAUUGCUAGCUGAUUUCAGACUUAAGUGUAAACAUCUUAUUGAAGAGUUUUUGUUCAAAGCGUUGUUUUUCUAAACAUAGUUGGAUAUUGUUUGUAGGUCAGUAGAAAACAAUAGGGUACAAACUCCAUGCAUUCCAACCUACUAACAUUCUAAUAAAAAUACUUGUUAUGAAACUGUAUAAUAGUGUUUUGGAGGCUACAAAGUUUACAUUUUACCUUAGAUUUAUAUAUACAAAUAUUUUGCUGUAUAUUUUAAAUAAAUUCCUGAAGCAGUUA